UAUCCUGUGCACGUGCGCGUGUCAUCGGGGCAUGCGCACCGAAGCGCGCCAGACUGGGUCCCCACCGGUCCCGGAGAAAACAAGGGGUGUGCUCGGGCGCCUGCGAGGCGAUCGGCGCAUGCGCCGUGCAGAAAUUCACGGGCGUCGCUCCUGCUCGCACCGCAGCGGUUGCAGAGCUUACAUGUCAGAUAGGAAGGAGUAGUAAAGGGCACGAGACGCCCGGGCACGCGACGCAGGGAUGGAGAGCAGGUCUGUAGAAGAAGAAGAGGGCUCCGACUGACUCCUCUCAUCCAACUUGAGCCUUAAUCCCUGUCGGCAGAUGCAACCUGUCCGCCACCCAUUCCUAGUAAUCCCGUUCUGGUGCAGCGUUUCCUCCACGGGGGCUUCGUCCGGAGGGGACCACAAUGACAACCUGGUGAACGCAGACGGGACGGAGCAAAGCAGCCCAUGAUGCGCAGCUCCAGCCCGACGAGGAAGAAGCGCGAGACAGCAGACUGUGUUCCUGGUGGCGCGUGCCACGGAUUUUCCGCGGUGCCGCGGACUGAUCGUUUCGUUCAUCGCCCUCCUGCUGCCGGUGCCGGUGUAUAAUGGAGAGCUCCAAUGGCUCCGGCAGCGACACCAGACCGCAGAACCACCAGUUGGAGAGGAAGAGGCUGAACCGAGCGCCCUCCCCGGCGAGACCCUUCCUCAAAGACGCGCACUCCCGCUCCGCCAAGCCACCUGCCAUCGUUCCCAAAUCCCCCAAACUCAACAAGCAGCACCCGCCCGCCGCGGCGCAUCCGAACCGCGCCUCCCGACGCAACGCGGCCGCGGCCAAGGAGAAGCCGUCCGCGGCCAGAAGUAACCCCAAGUGUGCCGUGCCGAAGAAGCCCAGCAAGGCGCCCCAGCAUGCGGCGGCGGAGCCCAGAGCCGCCGGCACCAAGGCGGACAGCACCAGCAGCCCGGUCCUCGUUAAAGGCAAGAAGGGCAAAUUAGCCCCGGGGUCCGCGGGGCCGCUCAGCCAUGGAUCUCCCAUCCGGGUACCGACCGGAGCGCCUCUGGGCCGGGUCAGCCAGACCGACAGCAGCUCGGACCUGUCGGACUGCCCGUCCGAGCCGCUGUCGGACGAGCACCGGUUGGCGCCGGCCGCCAGCAGCGACGCCGAGUCCGGUACCGGCUCCAGCGACCGGGAUCAGGUGGGAGGCGAUAAUCCUCCGCGGGGAGAGGCGACGGGAGCGGCGGCGGCGGCGGCGGCGGCUCCCGCGCGCACAAGCGAGGCGUCCGCGAAGGGAAGCAUGUCUCAGGCGCCGCACGGAGAGAAGCGCAAACAGGACAAACCCGCAACGGGCGCGCAAGUCAAAGUGCCCGGCGCCAGGGACGUGACCGAGGACGACCUGCUGCGGGAAAUAGAGGAUCUGAAAUCUGAAAACGACUACCUCAAGGAUGAAGUGGACGAGCUGCGGGCGGAGAUGGAGGAGGUGCGAGACAGCUACCUGGAGGAGGAGGUGUACCAGCUGCAGGAGCUGCGCCGCGAACUGGACCGGUCCAACAAGAGCUGCCGCAUUCUGCAGUACCGCCUGCGCAAAGCGGAGCAGAAGAGCCUGCGGGUGGCGCAGACCGGCCACGUGGACGGAGAGCUGCUCCGGAGUCUGGAGCAGGACCUGAAGGUGGCCAAGGACGUGUCGGUGCGCCUGCACAACGAGCUGGAGAGCGUGGAGGACCGGCGCAGUCGGGCCGAGGACGAGAACGAGCAGCUGAGGCAAAAGAUCAUCGAGGUGGAGAUCUCCAAGCAGGCGCUGCACAACGAGCUGGAGAGGAGCAAGGAGACUGCAAUGAGGAGACGAGGAAGCAGGGAAGUGUUCAAAGACAAGAAAUCCACCAAUCAGGAGGACAGUGCAGACCUCAGGUGCCAGCUUCAGUUCGCCAAAGAGGAGUCCAGCCUGAUGAGGAAGAAGAUGGCGAAGCUGGGUCGAGAGAAGGACGAACUGGAGCAGGAGGUGCAAAAGUACAAGUCCGUGUACGGGGACGUGGACAGCCCCCUCCCGCUGGCCGAGUGCUCGGGGGGGGGUCCCCACAGCACGCGGGAGGCCGAGCUGCGCCUGCGCCUCAAGCUGGUGGAGGAGGAGGCCAACAUCCUGGGCAGGAAGAUCGUGGAGCUGGAGGUGGAGAACCGCAGCCUGAGGGCGGAGAACGACGACAUCCGCUGUCAGUACGAGAGGGACUGCUUCGGCCGCGAGCCCUUCUCCAGCAUGCCGUCGUCGCCGUACGGGGGCGACGCGCUGGAGUCGGCCGGCGAGCUGCGCCGCCACCUGCAGUUCGUGGAGGAGGAGGCCGAGCUGCUGCGCCGCUCCAUCUCGGAGAUCGAGGACCACAACAGGCAGCUGACGUCUGAGCUCAAUCGCUUCAAGUUCGGCCCUGGCGGCGGUUCUGGCGGUUCUGGCGGUUCUGGCGGCUCCGGCUCCAUCACAGAGGAAGCCGCUGACGCCGGCCUGUUCAAACCGGCUAACGGGGGCGGUGGGAACGGCUCCACCGCAGCCAUGAUGAUGGAGGAGCUGAAGUCUGCGCGGAUGCAAAUCAACGAGCUGAGUGGGAAAGUCAUGAAGCUGCAGUACGAGAACCGCGUCCUCAUGUCCAACGUCCAGCGCUGCGACCUGGCCGCGCACCUGGGCCUGCGCACCGGCAGCACCGGCAGCCCCCGCGACAGCGACGCCGACAGCGACGCAGGGCGCCGCGAGCCCGGCGACGACGAGGACGCGGGCCGGCUCCUGCUCCUCCACCCCAAGAGGGAGGGCCCCAUCGGGGGCGAGAGCGACUCCGAGGACCUGUUUGAGAAAACGGCCACCACCUCCGGGUUCGGCAGCGUCAAACCCUCGGACGGCAGCGAGCCCAGCGCCGCGGAGCUGGCCGCCCGCCGCCGGGAGGAGCGGGAGUCCUUCAGCAGCGUGAAGCGGGAGGCGGAGAGGCUCGGGAGGACGGUGGACCGGCUCAUCACCGACACCGACAGCCUGAUCCUGGAGGGCCGGCUGCUGGUGACGACCGGCGAGGCCACGGACGCGGCGGCGGCCUCCGGGCCCAAAGCCGACUCCCAGGUCCUGGACUCCAUCAACACCCGCAUGAAGGCCUUCCGCACCGAGCUGCACAUCUUCAUGGAGAAGGUGGACCACGUGGGGGAGGGGCUGCGGGAGCGGACGGACGACCUGUCGCCCAUGCCCAACCUCACGGAGUCCAGCAGCUUCCUGUCCAGCGUCACCUCCAUGUCCCGGGACUCCCCCAUCGGCACCUUCGGGCGAGACCUGGCCACGGACUUCCAGUCCGGUCAGAGGGAUGAGCUGGAGUGGCGUCUAGGACAGGAGCGAGGCGUGGAGCCCCAGAGCCAGAGCCAGGGUGGGGGCCAGGCCCAGAGCAGGGGAGCCGCGGGACUCACUAGGUACCACAGGCCCCUGGCUUUAAGAGCAGAGUGUGCUCUGCAGCAGGAGGACGAGCGCUCGCACCUGGAGGCCCAGCGCGCACGCCUGGAGCUGCAGGGGCUCCCGGGUCAUGAGGUUCCGUGGGCCCAGGAGCGGGCGGCGCUGCAGCAGGAGGUCCGUCUGUUCAGGCGCAACACCGUCAUCUUCUACAUGAAGCUCAGGUGGAUUCUGAUGCACUGGAGGCUCGGAUGCAGGGAGGACGCUGGGGAGGGGGCGCCGAACCCGGAGUUGGAGAAGUUGGACGGCAUCCCGGAGCUGGGGGUGAUAAUGGAGCAGUCGGAGGCGGAGGCCGAUCGGGAGGACAGACUGUGUUUACCGGCGACUCCGGGGGACGUCCCGGAUCCUGGGCCCGUCCUCCCUCUGCCGUCACCAGAUCGGCACCCGCUCCAGAGACAGGUGCAGUGCGGGGAGAACCGGCGCGUGCUGCAGGCCCUGCGGACGCUGCUGGAGGAGUUCCGGGAGGAGCUGCGGGAGGAGGAGACGCGGCGGCGCCAGCUGCACCAGUCCUACGCCAGCGACAAGGCCGCGUGGGAGCUCAAGUGGGCGGAGGUGCGGUGCCACGUCUCCCAGCUGGAGGAGCAGGCGCGAGGAGACGCUCAGGGAGGCGAAGGCGACCCGGCUGGAGACCGGGACCGGGCCCUGACGCAGGAGCGGGAGGAGCACCGGCGUCUGCUGGCCGAGAGCCACGGCGCCUCCCUGGACCUGCGCUGGAAGCUGCAGCACGGGGAGAAGAGGUGGAGCCGGGAGAGGGCGGAGCUGCUGGAGCGCUUCGAGCGGGAGCGGCAGGAGUGGGACGGCAGCACGAGGGAGCUCCACCGCAAGAUGGAGAAGAUGCAGAGGGAGCUGAACUGCUACCGCGGCGACGCCGCGGACGGCGGCUCGGGCCUCGUGGGCGUCUUCUCUCCUCAGGACAGUCCCUGCAACGCCCCCCGCUCCCCCUGCGCCCCCGCCCCCCACGCCCGCUCCCACUCGGACUCGGAGGCCGUGCCGGAGCGGCGGGGCGCCGGCGGGAGGCCGAGGGGCCCGGCGGAGAACCUGUUCCUGGACGCGCUGUCGCUGGACCCGCUCGGCGGCCUGGAGGCGCCCGCUCCCUGCAGACUGGAGAGCGAGAAGAGGUUCCCCUGCAUGAACGAGGCCCUCAAUGAGAUUUCGGAGGGAGAGGACGCUGCCGAGUAUCCGGAGGAGGAGAUGGCUGGAGGGAGUCUGCUCAGAGCCAAGUCCGUCUGCUCCAUGAGCGACUUCCAGCGGCUCAUGGACAGCUCGCCGUUCCUCCCCGACAAGACUCGCCUCGGCGACCAGGGCCGAGACGACGUCACCCCCCCGCUGUCCCCGGACGACCUUAAGUACAUCGAGGAGUUUAACAAUAAGGGCUGGGACUUCCCAUCCUCCAGCUCCGGCCCGGGUCCUACUCGAGAAGCCUGGACAGACAAAGCCCCGGAGGCCCGGGCCGGCGAGCUGCGUCCCGAUUCAUUCCAGCCGACCUCCUGGUUCCUCACCACCAGUGCCACCCUGACCACCAGCACCCUGAGCAGCCCGGAGCACUGCCACAGGUCCCCGCUGAGGGGCAACGGGGCGGGGGCGGCAGGGGCGGGCCUGGAGCACUACGGGGUGCACAUCAUCCACAGCCCCACCAGGACCGGGGGUGCUGAGCGCUCCACUGCCCAAGACCCUGACUUCCUGUAUGCAAAGGGGACCAAAGGCAGGGGAGGGGGAGACGCUGGGGCGGGGGCCGGGGGCCCAGAUGAGGUGUUCAGCGGUGGCAGGUGGCCGUGUGGGCUGCUGGAGGGCGGAGCACUGAGGACUUCCCCCAGUCAGUCUCCUAUCUGCCCCACUGUGGGCUUCGCCUCCUCCCUGGAGCUUCAGCUCUCCAGGAACAUGAGUGACGACAUGAAGGAGGUCGCCAUCUCCGUGAGGAACGCCAUCCGCUCCCCGCCGGGGCCUCUGGUGCGGGACAGCGCCUGCCAGACCAACGGGUUCACCACGCGAGGCACUCAGACCACGCAGACCAUCAGCGUGGGGCUUCAGACGGACCUGCUGAGGAACCUGACCAGCAGCCCCCACCGCUGCCUCACCCCGAAGGGCGGCGGCACCCCCAUCUCGUCCCCGUCCCGCAGCCUGAGGAAGGUGCAGUACUCCCCCGUGGUCCAGAGCAAGUUCGAGCGGCCGUGCUGCUCGCCCAAGUACGGCUCGCCCAAACUCCAGCGCAAGCCGCCCACGUCCAACAAGGCCGAGCCUCCCAACCCCAACCCCAACCCCACCCGCGCCCCCACCCCCACCACGCCCCAGAAGGGCAACAGCGAGUCCGCGUGGGCCCGCUCCACCACCACCCGCGACAGCCCCGUGCACACCACCAUCAACGACGGCCUGUCCAGCCUCUUCAACAUCAUCGACCACUCGCCCGUGGCCUACGACUCCAUGCAGAAGUUCAACAAGUCCCCGAGCCGCUCGCGCCCCACGCCGCCCGCCACCGCCGAGCCCAGCCCCGCCCACGCGGCUCCGGCCGAGCCCAGGGGCGCGCAGGAGUGCCCGCGGGGCGCCCGCGGCCGCUCGCCCAGCCCCGUGCAGCCGAUAGCGGAGACGCAGGGCGACAGGAACCCCGAGGCGGCGAGCGCGCGGCUGGACCUGUCGGCGCCGCCGGGGUACACGCUGGCGGAGAACGCGGCGCGCAUCCUCAACAAGAAGCUGCAGGAGCAGAGCGUUAGGGAGGAGAAGAGGCUGCAGGCGGGAGGACAGAGCAGAGACAGACAGGCCGACCCGGACCGAGCGCAGCCCGGGUGCAUGGAGAUCAAACGCCCCGACUGCGAUGGACCUGCCUCGCUCUCCCGUGGCUCCGCCCCUGGACUCCCGCUUCCUGCGGCCGGCGCGCCCGGCCAACCGCAGGCCGCCCUCGCGCUGGGCCGCCCGCUCCCCCUCGCCUUCGCCCAAGUGGAGCGAGGGCUCAAGGAGGAGGUUCAGCUUCCCACCGCCGGGUCCCCGGAACACCAUCCUGGAGGGCGAGGAGCCGGCGUGAGGGCCUCCUCUACCUCCACCUCCACCUCAGCCUGAAGAUCCAGUACCUCAGAAACCCCCUCAAAUCUAGAGACUCGCAGGAGACGGAGCCUGAAUGGGGGGUGGGAUCCACCCAGUAGCACCAGCUGACCAUCAAGGAACCAGAACUUCUCAUAGGAAGAACCUGGAAUGUACUGUAAGAUCACAAACAAAAUAAAAACUAGAUACCAUCAGAGGUGCCUGCACACACUUGAGUUUCCCGUCACCCCACGCGUUCGUACAAACGUCAGCUGUUGCAUUUGUUUGAUGUUUACAUCCUCUUUUCUCAUCUGUUUACAUUUUUUAAGCAGCUUUUUUUCUGUUGUUUUUUAUUUUUUUUAUUUAUCGCCAGCCUUCGAAUCUUUCACCGACUUAGUUUAAUGAGCGAAAGGACAAACGGACAAAAACCUGGCUUCUGCUUCGUCCCAUGAAGCAGAGGCUCCUGAUGUCAUUUCUGGCGCUGACCUCUUCGUCUUUACUUUGGAAUGUUCUCGUCUUGUCGAAGUCGGCGGCCGACGACAAACCCAACAACACUUAUGCAUAUUUGGAAGGCAGUUGUACAAAUAUGGGUCAAAUAUUUGCAUGCCUUUUGAACACUAGCACUUUAGUGCAUGUACAUACAAGCUCUAGUCAUCUUUGCUCACUCCGCUCCGCUGUGGGGGAGAAGAAAAUAUAUUGUGAUGGGAGUUUUUGUUGUCACAUGAUGUAAGAACCAUUUUUUAGCACAUUAUUGUAUCGACUCAACUGUCUUGUGCAGUUGUCACUAUUGGAUAUGAAUGAUCUUUUCUUUUGGCAAGAAAAAGUGAUUGUGGACAAAAUAUGAAUGUUUUAGAUGAAAACUCUAUGUCAGGCGUCUAAGGAUCUAUCGUCUCGUGUACAUAGUCAAUGGUAAUAAACAUGAAUGUGUAUUUACAA